CACAGCUACUGUCUCUUUUCUCAUGGGCUUCUCUCUCAGACAAACACCACCUGAACAUCAGAACUUGCUGCCAGAUGGGCUGAGAGCAGGCACAGUGCAAAGUCCUGAAUGUAGCAGCCAAAGCUGUAAAAGUGUUUGCAUGCUAUCAUACAGUCGAUAAUACAGGCCAGUGAUAGCCAUGUGUCUACAGGAAUCCAAAAAGCUAAAAAAGGCAAAGCUGACCAGAAAGAAAGUGACACCGUUCCCCAUCAGCCGGGUGGUGCUGUGCCUGUCUCUUGUGUUUACACUGUACGUGGAAGCCACCAGCGCUAGCUGUCUGAGACCACGUUCAAAGGAGCUGCUCUGCGGUGCAGAACUGGUAGACAUCCUGCAAUUUGUCUGCGGACGUACUGGGUUUUACGUCAGCAGAGGAGCUCAUUUUCGUAACAAAAACCGACCUGGUAUAGUUGAAGAGUGCUGCUUCUGUGGGUGCAGUGUUUCCAUCCUUGAGUCUUAUUGUGCAGCUCCGGUCACAACUAACUUCACUGGAAGAGAAGAGCAAAAGUCCUAAGAUCAUUCUCCAAGACCUGUUCCACUAGUUUAAAACAUAUUCAGGGACGUCCAACAAAUACAGAAUAAAGACAUUCACUGCAUUUGAAAUGUGCAACAAAGGGGGAAAAUGGAAUUGUCCUGAGCCUUAGGAGACCCAAGUAAUGGAGUGCUCAAGCGCCUUUGGCAAAAAUAGUUACAAUAAGCUGUGAAUGAGCCCAAGAUAGAAUUGGCUUUUCCAGUGUUACAGUGAUAGCUGGCAUGGCAAUGUGUAAAUGGGUGUUUAAUUCCUCGCCUUGCUGCGGAUCAUUGCAGUUUCAUUUACUAUUUCUGGCUUUCUGCUUCCAAUUUAUGAUUACCUUCAGUACAUUAAGAAGACUGAGAAUUCAGUAUAUUGAGAGUUUAUGUUACAGGCCAACAAUUUUUAAUUAGAGACCAGCAGGCCUCAUGUUUCAUGGAAUCUUAAUUAAUCCACCAAGAACAUAACAUUAAUGCCAUUAUAAAUCCCCUAAAUGGCAGUAUGAGCAACCAAGAGGCAAAUAUAUAUUUGCUUGAAUACAGCUUGAUCAAAUUUCAAUAUCCAGAUAAAAAAAAAAUCCAAGGUGACUGCGUUAAAAAAAGAAACAUUUGGAUGCUUGCACAUUAAAAUACUUGAUUUCAGCUGUAAGAUAAGGGGCCUGCUUUGUAUUAGCCAGAAAAAAACCGAGGCAAAAUGCUUUAAUAAAAUGUGCCUUUUGGUUAUAUUUGCACAGACACUAGUCAGAGGGUCAAAGAGGGAAAGUACAUUUUUUAUGUGGAAUAAUGGGAGGUUAAAAGGGGAAGAGUAAAGAUUAUGAAUUGUGUUAUUUCUAUCUGGGAAACAAUGACAGAAAAUAUAUUUUUUUAGAUUAAAAUAUUAAAUUAACACCUAGAGGAAAGGCCUGGGAGGGGCCAUGUCGCUCAGUGUACCCCUUGUGGCCAUUAAUAGUAUGUGCUGCGGCUACUGUAAUGCAAAUAAAAAUGAAUGUAAAUGUGGGCAAAAGGAAAGUUCUGUGUACACCAUAUGCAAUGUCCCAUACCUACAGUAACUGAAGGCACCACUUAAAGUACAGACAUGAGAUAUAUUAUUGGAACCCCAAACAAUCUGAAACAUGGUGCUGCUCUUUCCCAUUUUAUAUCUUUGAAUGUUUAAAUGUUUUUCCAUAGCCUUAGUGCUCCAUGUUAUGAAAGGUCCCCUUGUCUGGAAAACUGUAGGUGCCAAACAUUCUGGAUAAUAGGUCUCAUGUCUGUAGUCAAGCACUUUCUUGCACAGCAAAAGAUACAAACAUACAGAUAGGCAUUGCAUAUGAACUUCAUAAUGGUGCUAUUUAUGGUUUGCUGAAUUCCUGUUUUUAAUAAGAACAAAUUCUGCCACUUUCCUGAUACAAUUGGCAUUUGUGCAGCUUGGAAUGUAAGUAAAUAAACAGUUUGGGCAAACAA